AUGGACGCUUUCGAGGAUGCCGUCUCCUUCAGGUCGAACGUCUCGUUAAAGGUACCUAACUCCACCGAUAUCAGUCCAUUGCCUCCGCUGACUGGGGUAUACCGAUUCGAUUACCUCGCCAAGCUUUUAGUGAUAUGUGCCGGUGCUUUCUGCAGUAUUUUCUCAGCAGUGAUUUUUCGCCGCCCUGUGAUGUACAAGAACAUAGCAGCUGCUUAUCUUCUGUCAGUGAUUUCUAUCUCAGACUCGUGUUACCUGAUUUCUGCGUUCGUGCUUGGUCUCGAGCGCCUGCAGUGCGGCAUCGCCUUGCCUAAUGGCGUCUGCCAGGCUGUGUUGUAUGCGUCGCACGUGUUGAGGUGCCUUUGUACGUGGUUGAUCGUCAGUCUGGCCUUCUUUUCCUACAUGUACAUCUCCCGGGCAGGGAGAGCGCAGAAGCACUUCAGGUCCGUCCACUGCAAGGUGGUGGUGGCCUGGCAGGGACUGUUCGCAGGUAUGGCUUUCCUGCACCUCACCUGGAUGACGGGGGUUGAGACAGGUAUGUGUUUCCCGUUUUUCGGGCUGUAUUUCUCCGCUCUGGUCGUCAUGGAGAAAAUCGAAACUUUCAUCGUUGUUAUCCUCCCGGACGUCCUCCUCUUUGUUGUUUGCUCUUUAAGCUUUUACAUCUGCAUCAGAAGGUCUUAUUUCAAGGCCGCCACGACGCGGCAAACGUACAUUCCCAACGCCUCGGAAAUACGUCCUUUUCACCUGCAGGAGGGGGACAGAGAGGAGGCCGCCAGUCAACAACAGGACCGGUUCCCACUGAGUGGCGAGGACGCAGUUUUCCAUCUAAAGAUCCCCAUUGCCGUCUGUACCCUACAUUUCGUGCUGUCUCUUCCUCAGCACGCCAUCCAGAUACGGAUCAACGUACUACAGCUGAUGUAUGGGGACUUCGAAUACAGCCCCUCGACGGAGGAGAAUUACCUUCACGAUGUUUUCCAUGUGGUGUCUUUAACCAAAUUCGUCAUGAACUGUAUCGUGUACGCGUUGCUCUCUGCGACUUUCAGAGCCAAUGUCAAAGCGCUGCUAUUGCCGUCCAGGUGCUGGCGGCCAUUCACGACGAUGACAAACGCAAUCGAAACGCCGAGCGUCGCGGAUGAAUCGGUUGGAACGAGGACGACGGUCCUAGCACCGGACGCCGACAAUGCAGAUACGCAAAGUGUCAUGGACGACGUAUAA